AUGCGAACCAUCUACUGCCUUCUCUUUCUGGUCGCUGCUGUUCAGUGUACACAGUUCUGGAUUCAUGGAGCGAUCUCGUGUCAGUACAAGAGACACUGGUGCGUGUCCGCAGAAAUCCUGGAUUACGAUUAUUCUAAAUUUGACGCGGACGAUCUGUUAGCGUCAGUUCAAAAGAUCUGCGGCGAUGAAGUUAUUAAAUACUUUGAUGUCGGAGGAUCCAUGGAUACCGACGUUGGAAACACGUUUGAGUUCUACGUUAUCUACAACCAUGAUUGCACUAGUAACGGAGCUAAUACUGUUACGAACGCCGAUGGUAUCUCACGUGAUUUCAACGUGGAUUUAAAGAGAACGUUAGUUUUGAGAACGGAGAAACGGCAAAAAUAUUUUUUUCAGGAAAGCUCGCCUUUUCUUGACUCAACCGCUAUGA